GUUAGUUAUUUGUACUCUGGAGGCGGUUAUGCUGUAUAUUUUGUAGCUUUCGAAUUUCCAGAUUGUAGGCUAUGUAUCGCUGUGGCAUGUUUACUGUUCCAUCUCUUUCUUGAAGGAGGACUCGUUAUAUGGAAGCUUUCUUGGAACCCAAUCCGUCUUGACCUUUCCUUGGCCUGGACUGUGAGGAACCUAAAUUAGACCGCAAUGGUUCAGCUUGGGAACAUAUGGAGCCUGACUGGCAGCGCCCUCGCGUUUUCCUGUCUGCAGUCUAUUAAAGUCUCGGCGAGCCCGACUAUAAACGUUGCGUUGGCAGCUUCAUUCACCUCUGCGCCAUAUCUUAUCGAGUUGCUUGAAACUGCCGGAGACGAAAAUUCAACCUCAUACUUCCCAUUACUAGACCGAAUCGCAGAGGGACACUUUAAAGAUGCGAGAACAGACCUUGAAUUGUACAACUCCUUCGUGAAGGUGCUCCGAGAUGAUGGACACCUCGACUCAGAGGGACUCGCAUCCUAUAGUCUUGCGCUUUCUCUGCGGACUUCUGCCCCAAGAAUUGAAGCCCAAUACCAAUUUUACGACACCGCUAUUGAGCCGUCAGGAGACGAUUCAUCAUGCCUCGCAUGGGUUCUCUUUGGGGGCAAGAAGCAUUGCUCUCCGGCACUAGACGAGGCCCAUGGCACAUAUAAUGGCCGAAGAGGAACUGAACAGCUUCAAUUUGAUAGAAUUACUGGGAAUCUGUCCGCGCCAGCUUCCAUUCUUUAUGCUGAUAUUACGUCUCCGGAGUUUAGCCAAUUCCAUAAAAAAUUAAUCCAAAAAGCACAGAAACAAGAGAUAUCAUACCGCAUCCGCCACAAGAAGCCGACUGCUCAGGAACCCAGGCCUCUUAUCAUCGGUGGAUAUGGUGUCGAAUUAGCUCUAAAGCGCACAGACUACAUAGUCAUUGAUGAUAGAGAAGCUGAGGCUCAAGUGCAAGUGGGGUCGGCAAAGGCAGAAGUUGUUCUUGAGGAUGAAGAACUUGCGGACUUGAAGCCGCUUUCGGCAUCUGAACUGGUCUCUCUUGGGCUAAAAGCAUCGAGUUUUAUUAUGCAAAACGAAAACCCCUUUGAGGUGUUGACUCGACUCUCGCAAGACUUUCCGAGAUAUUCAUCGGCCAUCGCCGCUCAUAAUGUAUCAUCUGAUUUUGCCGAGGAGCAUCUUUAUAACCGCGGUCAGCUAGUGCCAGCCGGUACGAAUGUUGUUUGGAUCAAUGGUUUGCAAGUACCGGCGAGGCACAUGGAUGCCUUCAGCAUGCUUGACAUACUGCGGAAGGAAAGGAAGCAUUUGAAAAAGUUUUCUCAGCUCGGGUUGACCGGGUCGCAAACGAUCAGCCUCCUGUCUCAUAAAGAUAUUGCCUUUACAAAGGCUGACGGUGAACCUGCGAGGUUUGAUUGGAGGGACAGCGACGGAGAUGUCAUCAUAUGGCUAAACAACAUAGAAAAAGACAAGCGCUAUGACGGAUGGAUGACAACUGUUAGAACGCUUUUACAAGCAGGAUAUCCAGGGCAAUUGCCUCAAGUACGGAAAGACCUGUUCAAUCUGGUUUUCCCCGUCGACUUGUCAAAUCUUGAGGAUGUAGAACUCGUCGUCACCCAACUAUCAGAAUUUGUUAAAAGGGCAUUGCCGUUACGAUUCGGUCUGGUACCGCUGACAAACUCCAAUGCUGCUCUUGAACAGGCCAAGAUUGCCUAUUACCUACUGGACAGUUACGGUUUGUCAACUAUGGUGGCCUACCUCAACGGAUAUUUUGCCUCGAAGGGAACUCCAUCGUCGAGAAAUGCCAAUUUUGAAGCUGCAAUCGAGGAGCGUAAACUCCUGGGCGACAAAGUAGCCAAAUCAUUGGAAGAGGUCCUGGACGCAGAUGAAGCAAACGGGUCAAUCGAACAUUCGAAACAAUGGAGCGCCAGACUUGGAGCAAACGACAAAGUACCCCCGGUGUUUGUGAAUGGAGCUGCUGUGCCGCGCGAUGAGACCUGGAUGCAAGGGAUGAGCCAGCGUGUUCAGAUGGAUCUCCGACUUAUGCAGCAGGCAGUUUUCGAAAAUACCGUGACUGAUGAUCACUGGCCUCCAAUGCUGUACCUGCACGAUGCCGCUUCUGGCCGAAACCCCUUUCUCAUGCCGGAGAACGACAAAGAUCUUCAACUGUUUGAUGUCAACGCCAUUUACUCUGAUUAUGCCGAGGCAUUGGAAGGCCUUCCUGUUAUGAAAAGCGACCCCUCCACUGUGCAAGAUGACUGGGCAUACAUGAUUCUGAUAGCUGACGUGGAGAGCGCACAAGGCAAACGGCUUUUAAUGGCGGCAGCUGAGUUCAUCAAGAAGAACCCUUCAGUUGAACUUGUUAUUGUCCCCAGUUCAGAGUCUCCAGCAGGAAUCUUGAGCGUACACGAGUAUAUGGCUAAAAGAUCGUUCCAACCACUGAAAUCUGUCGAUGAUUUGGAUAGCCUUGUCGAAGCGGUGUCAAUAACCGCUGGCGAUGAAGAAAGGCAGAUUACAACACAGAUCUCGGAAAAAUGGUCCGCGAUAGAAGGCCUUGUGGGAUCGUUGGGACUAAAACCUGGUCAACAAGGACUUCUGUUAAAUGGUCGAUUGGUCGGCCCAAUUCCGAACGAGGUCGAGCUCGGAGUCAAUGAAUUGGACCAGCUCCUCAGCUUUGAGCGAACCAAGAGAAUCAAGCCUGUUUUGGCGGCUGUUAAAGCUCUCGGAUUCUCCGAUGCAAUCAGCGACCCGCUGGCGAGCUCUAAACUCACAUCACUUGUGACUUUGUCGUUUAUUUCCAAUGUCCCCGAGGGAAUUUUCGAGCAAGCGUCUACUUUGAGAAUCGACUCCUUCAAGGCCUGGAAAUCCGAGUUUACGGCGAUUGAAAUCGGUGAUGAGUCCACUGCUUCUAUUCAUAUUCAAGUCGCGCUGGACCCGGCGAGUCAGGAAUCCCAGCGCUCGAUUCCAAUCUUGAAGGUGCUGUCGGAGCUAGAUGGAGUAUACCUGAAACUGUUUCUCAACCCUAAGGAUAUACUCAAGGAGAUCCCGAUCAAGCGCUUCUACCGUUAUGUCCUAGAGUCAAAGCCGAUGUUUAAUGCCGAUGGCAGUUUGAAGGAUAUCAAAGCGCAGUUUGUGAGCGUUCCUCAGGAAGCUCUGCUGACAGUGGGCAUGGAUGUGCCAGCUCCAUGGCUUGUAGCACCGAAGCAAUCUGUUACCGAUUUGGACAACAUCAAGUUGAGUUCCGUUAACGGCGAUGUCAAUGCUGUCUACGAGUUACAGCACAUCCUAAUCGAAGGACACUCAUCAGAGAAGGAGACCGGACAAGCUCCAAGAGGGGCCCAACUUCUCUUGGGUACUGCAGCCGAUGCCCACUUUGCCGAUACCAUCAUCAUGGCCAACCUUGGUUACUUCCAAUUCAAGGCGAAUCCAGGAUUCUACAAGAUAAAUCUCCAAGAGGGCCCCAGCUCCAAGAUUUACAGCAUCGACACCCUCGGAGCCUCAGGACGCGAUGCCGCACAACCAGACGAAACCACCGAAAUCUCCCUCAUCAGCUUCCAAGGCCUGACCCUCUUCCCGCAACUCUCCCGCAACCCCGGCCAAGAAACCGAAGACGUCCUCGAGCCUACCACAGACCUAAAAGACGACAUCGUCAGCAAGGGCCGCAAGCUCGCCCAAAACAUCCUCAACUUCGGCAGCAAGAAGUCCACCACCGCGGUGCAAACCACGCAAGCGGAAAUCAACAUCUUCUCCGUCGCCAGCGGCCACCUCUACGAGCGCAUGCUCAACAUCAUGAUGGUCAGCGUGAUGAAGCACACGAACCACACGGUGAAAUUCUGGUUCAUCGAACAAUUCCUCUCCCCCUCCUUCAAGCAAUCCAUCCCCUCCCUCGCCGCGGCCUACGGCUUCGACUACGAGAUGGUGACGUAUAAGUGGCCUCACUGGCUGCGCGCGCAGUCCGAGAAGCAGCGCGAGAUUUGGGGAUACAAAAUCCUCUUCCUCGACGUCCUGUUCCCCCUGUCCCUCGAUAAAGUCAUCUUCGUCGACGCAGACCAAAUCGUGCGUACCGAUAUGCGGGAAUUGGUUGAUAUCGACCUCCAAGGCGCCCCCUACGGCUUCACCCCCAUGUGCGACUCCCGCACCGAAAUGGAAGGCUUCCGCUUCUGGAAACAAGGGUACUGGAAAUCCUUCCUGCGCGGGCUCCCCUACCACAUCUCAGCCCUGUACGUCGUCGACCUUCGCCGCUUCCGCGAGAUCGCCGCCGGCGACCGAUUGAGGCAGCAAUACCACCAACUCAGUGCCGACCCAGGGAGUCUGGCGAACCUGGACCAGGAUCUGCCGAAUCAUAUGCAGGCGCAUCUUCCCAUUUUUAGUCUGCCGCAGGAGUGGUUGUGGUGCGAGACUUGGUGUAGUGAUGAGAGUCUCGCGGGGGCGAAGACGAUUGAUCUUUGUAAUAACCCGUUGACGAAGGAGCCGAAGUUGGAGAGGGCUAGGAGGCAGGUGCCGGAGUGGGGGGUUUAUGAUGAGGAGAUUGCAGGGGUUUUUAGGGCGGCGAAGAAUGGGGGGGAGCAGGAGGUGGGGGCCAAGAACCAGAAGAGUAGGACACUGGAGGAGGAAGAGGGGAGGAAUGAGAAGAGUAGGACUAUGGAGGCGGAGACUACUAAGGGGGUGAAGGAUGAGUUGUAG